AUGAGAGACCGUGACUCGAAUGCUCUGGCCCUUGAGAAAAAGGCGGAUCGUCAAAUCAAGCCUAGCCUAGACUCUCGGGAGGGCAGAGUGGGAUAUCGGGAAGGUCGGAGCAAGCCAUCGGAAAACAGAAACAUUCUCGAUCCCAGGAUACCUUCGUUUGCUUUGGCUGCACAGGUCAACUCCAAUCCGGAAAUUCGACAGCAGCUCCUGGAAUUGUAUCUACAUUAUCAUUUGCCAACACGUCAACUUGGCCCGAUUCAGCAACGACUGUGGCUUCUUCGUCUUCCUUCCAUGACUCAUCUUACCCCGGCGCUGGAGGUCUCAACGAUGGCUCUUUGCCUGGGUAAACUAGGAGACGUUCACCAAGAUCAGGGGUUGAGACGUGAAAGCCUCAAGUUGUAUUAUCACGGACUACGCCAACUUCAAAAAGCGCUCUGGGAUCUAGACUUGAUGUUCCACGACCAAACACUCGCGACAUGCAUUGCUCUGGCUUCCUAUGAGAUGAGCCAAUGCCCCGGCGAGUCGAGGAACGGAUACAUCAGCCAUGCUGCUGGCUGUGAGAAACUCGUUCAACUUCGUGGUCCCGAGGCGCAUACAGAUGGUCUGGGUCAUCAGAUAUUCGUUCUGUUUCGGGUACAAGGGAUACUCCUCGCCUCGGUCAACAAAAAAUCUACAUUCUUGUCAGAGCCUCUGUGGCAGGAGGUUCCAUUCCGAAAAGAGCCCAAACGGCCGUAUGAUCAUGUUUAUGACUAUCUGAACCGUGCGUCUGAGCUCCUAAAUCGAGGGGAGAUGCUCGAUCGAAUGAACAUGGAUGCCCAGUUACAACUAGCCACAGAAAUGAUUUCCCAAUGCUGGAAAAUGGACCAAGAGCUGCUCACGCUUUAUGAAGAGCUGGAGACGACUCAGUCUGGACCAGUAUUUUGGCCUGAGCUGGCACAACAAACGAGCUUUGAUCAUAAGACUGAGGACGGAAUGGUCUUCCCAGUGGCUUUCCAUUUUCCAGACCUGUUUGUCGCCAGUACUGUUGUCGUCUUUUGGGCUGUGCAGUCAAUGCUAUGGUAUUGGCUAUCUGCACUUUAUGGACUGAUGGAUGAGUUGCGAGUCAAACUUACCGCAGCCGGCCGAGUGGUAGAAGUCGAUGAGAUUGCCGAUAUAUCAUCAACAUCAGUGCUCCGGCCAAGGCUCAGAGAAGAUACUUUCAAUCUUCCGCCACUCGAGUAUCGUAUUAACUCUGCGACUCCUGCGCUUAACAUCUUGCAGUCGGUGGAGUAUUUUCUACAGGAGGAUAUGCUGGAUCACGGACCAAAGUCGAUCGCUGCUCCGUUGAAGGCUGCUAUGGAGAUAUUGAGGUUACACAGUGGCUAUAAGACGGAAAUGUUAUGGGCAGAAGAAGCGAUGAGGAAGGUUCAAGGACGGUCACUUCGUCUUCUGGUUUAUUACAGUGGCGUGGAAAAGUGA